AUGAAGUCCCCGCCAAUCCUAAACCGAGCAAAUCAAGAUCCCGAGCUGCAAGCAGCAGAAGCGAGAGCAGCUGGAGAAUCCAUCAUUCGCGACCAUCUGGACAACCAUCUUGUUCAUAACUCUGGAGCAAGUUCUGAGUACAUUUCUUGGAUUGCUACCCUCCACCCUGAGAAUGCGCAGAUCGAGAUUGAUGAGCGAUUCUUCAUUCCUGGAAAUCCAUGGUGGUCUAUUUAUGAGCAGACCGUGAACAUGCCCUGUGCUACUGCAGUUGCCGUUCCAGCUGCAGAUGGCGAAAGGGAGGCUCACCCCCCCAAUGCCCACCAGUACAACGCAACUAGUGAUGGAGAAGCGAAGUACGUUUUAUCCACAACAACUCAUGCAUCAGAUGACUUGACCGAACAGUCCACACCUGCAGAUAGGCAAGAAGAGCCUGAGCAAAAGCUCCCACACUACUGUCUCAGGUCCAGUCCGGUGGACAUGUGCAUUGCGUUGAUCACAACCUUCCAUGCAACCUUUUUCACCCUUGUUUUCGAAUUCUCAGCUAGCAUUUUCUACUUUGUGGCUGCAUCAUUCUACCACAUUGCCCAAGUCUUCAGUCCUAGUAAUAUGUUUACUGGAUUCUUCUAUUCGAUCUUCAUGAUCAUGUACUUCGCCUUCGCAGCGGCAGACUCCGCAUUGCUUUUGGGAUCUGUCCUAGGGACAGAGGCGGCUAUUUUUGUCGGAUGGAUCCUUGGAGUUCUCUUUGGUGGAAUCUGGGUCGCCAACAAAAGACACCAGUUCGUCAGACGAGUCUGUCACCGCAUUCGUUGGGCCUUUCGCCACAAGCAUUUGGAGCCUCCUCGAACAUUUUGCAAACAAAGUCAAGUGGGAACAGAGUUGGUAGAUCAAUGCCAAAACACCGCAAGGGCCAACGCUGAACUGGAUACGGAGUUUGAGAUUGAUGAUUCUCUUGAAGCUCAGGAGCAUGUGGAACCUGCAUAUGCACAACACCGCGAAGAAAGCCCACCCCGCACUCAAACACAGCCGAAAGAGGAUUUUGAGCAGAAAAGUGCCAAGCCCUACUAG